AACGGGUUAAAAUUAUGCACCCAAAUUUCAUUCUCAUUCCAACAUACAACACCCCAACCGAAUUCGUUAAUUCAAUUGAGAUUUGAUUAGUGAAAACAUGCAAACGCACAAACAUGCAAAGGACUUGGUCAAUCAAACAAGUGCGAAUCUCGAUCACGUCCACAAAGGCAUUUCCCUUUUCUCCACCACCCAAAUUAUUUCCAAACUCUGCCAACCUUCUCCACCCUCCUAUCAAAACCAAAAACUUGUUCCGCUCAUUCGGAUUUCAAUCCCAAAUCCAACAAAAAAGAAACAAUUCUACACCAAGGCAUCGCAAAACACCUCAACUCACGACCCAAUGUUGUUAUUUCAAUCUCAUAAUCAUCGGACAUGAGUUAGGCUCGGUCAGGAUAUUGUGCAUGCCUUCUUGCACGGAACUCAAUUUUUCUGCUCAUAAACUAGAGUAGUUUAGAUUAUUGUGUUGUCAGAAGAAAAUUUCUAUUAUAAUUAAAUUCAUCAUCGUCAACAAUUGUCCAAGAAGCUUGGCUAAGGUGGCGUGUUUGCCUCCUUACGCCUAGUUUCAACCCUGAUUAGAGCAAUAUAGAAUAUCGCAUCGUAAUCUCUAUCGUAGUUGACUCAUCAAAAUCGUUAGCAAAAAGAUGCCAAGCAAGCUAAAGAAGGCAAUUGGGGCAGUGAAGGACCAAACGAGCAUAAGCCUAGCCAAGGUCUACAACAACAACUCGGCCAACCUCGAAGUCACGGUCCUCAAAGCCACGUCCCACGACGUCGUCCCCGUCGAAGACAAAUACAUCCAAGAAAUUCUCACGCUCAUUACGUCCAACAAGUCGUACGCAUCCUCCUGCGCCCAAGCCAUCGCCAAGCGCAUCGGCAAAACCCGCAACUGGAUCGUCGCGCUCAAAUCCCUCAUGCUCGUCCUCCGCAUCUUCCAGGACGGCGACCCCUAUUUUCCAAUCGAAGUCCUCCACGCCAUGAAGCGCGGCGCCAAAAUCCUCAACCUCUCCAACUUCCGCGACGACUCCAACUCUUGCCCGUGGGACUACACCGCCUUCGUCCGCACCUUCGCUCUCUACCUCGACGAGCGGCUGGACUGCUUCCUCACCGGGAAGCUCCAGCGGCGGUUCACCUACCAGCGCGACCAGGAAUUCAAUAACAACCGGAGGAGCCGCCAGUCGAACGAACCUGUCGUCCGCAACAUGAAGCCGGCGGUGCUGCUUGAUCGAAUCCACUACUGGCAGAAACUGCUCGACAGAGCGAUCGCCACGACGCCAACGGGGGCUGCCAAAACGAAUCGGUUGGUGUUGAUCUCGCUCUACGCGAUCGUUCAAGAGACGUAUGAUCUGUACCGGGACAUAUCCGACGGCUUAGCUCUGCUUCUAGACAGCUUCUUCCAUCUGCAAUACCAGUCGUGCGUGAACGCCUUUCACGCCUGCGUGAAAGCCUCGAAGCAAUUUGAGGAGCUCGCGUCGUUCUACGCACUCUGUAAGAGCUUGGGGGUCGGGCGGACCUCGGAAUAUCCGAGCGUGCAGAAAAUUUCGGAGGAGCUUCUGGAGACGCUACAGGAGUUUCUGAAGGACCAGGCUUCGUUUCCGGGUCGGUCGCCGCCUAGUCAUUUGCAGAUUGGUUCGGAUCAAAUGGCAGCGGAGGAGGGUAGGGAUAAAGGGUUGAGCUUUGAACGGAAUGAAUUCACUUCUUCUGAGCAAUUCGAGGCGUCGGAGAGAGGUUCUGCUUUUGGUUCGGCUUGUACUUCGUUGGAGGAUUUGAUGAGUGUUGCUUACCAAAACGGGAAUGUAAGCCCGUCUUGGUCGGCGGAGCAAGAGUUUUAUAACUCCGAGGAACAGCCGAAUAAGACCCCGGAGAAUGAAUCCAUCGGACGGGCAAAUAGGAAUGGAUCCACCCAAUCCUUGACGGCUGAGGUUGAUCGACCUCAGCCAGCGAGUUUUGAGUUUGGUCUUUUUUCUUUUGACGACUGGUCGCCGCAACCGGAUCAAACAAAGAAACAAGAAAAAAUAGUAGAAGAAAUAUUCGGAGUCGGAAAUCAAGAGGGUUCGGAACAAGGAUGGGAGCUUGUUCUGUUCCAGUCUGCAAGUAAUCAACCGCCAUUGCAAACAUCAUCGCCGCCACCAGCUUCUGCUAAUAAUCUGUUUGAUUCAUCAAACUUUGACAGUUUAUUUCAGCAAUCUUCAGUGCCCCAACACCAAUACAAUCCGUUUCUUCAAGACACAAUACCAAUCGAGAGCUUCGCAACCUCUUCAAGUUCGAAUACCGCCAACAGCAAUGGCUUUGGAAAUUUCGGAGACGAUUUCUUUUCUUUCCCUACUACAUCUCAAACACCGGCACCAACAUUUUGCAUGCAGAAUUCAAAUGGUGGCACAAUAGCGCCAACGUUUCGCACGCAAAAUACAAAUAAUACAACGACGGUAUCGACAUUGCACGCGCAUACUACAAAUAAUACCACAAUGGCACCGCCAUUUGGCGCGCCAAGUCCAAAAGGGAGCACAAUUUCACCAACAUUGUGGUCACAGCACACCAGUAAAAGCACAAUGACACCAACAUUUGGCGAGCCAAGUCCAGAAGGGAGCACAAUUUCACCAACAUUGUGGUCACAGCACACCAACGAAAGCACAAUGGCACCAACAUUUGGCGCGUGGAGCAUGAAUGAGUCCACAACAGCGCCAACAUUUUGUGCUCAGAGUUCCGUAGAGUUGGCAGUGGCCCCUGCUAGCAAGCGGAGUAUAAAUGACACAAAAACAGCACCGCCGGUUUGUGCUCAGAGUCCAGAAGAGAAAACAGCGGCAACACCAAUAUUUUGGGCACGGGAUACAAAUGAGGGCACAUAUGCACCAACAUUUUGUGCAGUGACUCAUUAUAACAAGAGUGUAGCACCAACAUUUCGUGCUGAAAAUCGUAAUGACAUUACUGUGACACCUACAUUUCGUGCUGAAAAUCGUAAUGACACAAUUGUGGCACCUACAUUUUGUACAAACGAUGCUAAUGAGUUUCUGGCUGCACCAACUUUCCGUGCGCGAAGUGAAAACGGGUGGGGUACUACAGAAAAUGACCCAUUUGCAACGUUCUCAAACGUUAGAAGUAGUAGUGAACCUAUAUGUAACGGAUUGAUGAAUCAUGAAAGUCUGUUGCAUCAACAGAGACUAUGGUUGGAACAGCAAAACAAGAUUAUUGCUAAACACAUGUCUUGAGAUUAAUUUAAAUCAAAUUUAAUUAUCUUGUAA